AUGAGCUGUGAAAACGGUACAAAUUGUGAAAGUGAAAGCGAACAUUUCGAGUUGGCAACGACAGACUCGAUUGAAGUCCUCUUUUAUUUCCUCUGUUUUGUCAUUGGCGGCCCAUUGAACGUGAUCUCGCUACGACGGUCUCUUCGUGCUUUCAGCCAACACAAGGCGAAGAGCCCGAUAUUACUGCUUAGGAUCAAUCUUAAUCUAGCCGAUCUCUGCACAUUAUUCGUCUAUGUGCCCAAGCAAUUUAUAUGGAUGCUCACUUAUCAGUGGUACGGUGGCGAACUAUUGUGUCGUGCAUGUUCAUUCUUCUCUACAUUCUCAUUUUAUGCAAAUUCCUUUGUAAUCGCAUGUAUUGCUAUCGAUCGAGUAUUUGGUGCAUACAAUAUGAGUUCCAUCAAUGCCCACAGACGUGCGUAUCUACGCUGUCGACGCCUUCUCGUCGUUGGAUGGUUAGCCGCUUUAGGGUUGAGCUUACCACAAGCAGUUAUCUUCCGGGUUUUCGAACCUUAUCCUGAUAAAGAUUUCCGACAGUGCACUCCGGUAUGGACCACGUUUCUAUAUGAGAAAAUUGAAGAAAUGAAUUCUACGAAUUUGUCAGAGGCUGAUAAACUUAAGAUAGAGCGUGAAAUAAUGGGAAUGCAACGUUUGGAGAAGAUGUAUAACAUCAAUCAUCUAUUGUUUGUGUUUUGGAUACCAUGCAUUAUCAUCGUAAUCAGCUAUUUGACAGUGCUGCUAAUUCUUCAAGGACAUCUUAAAGAAGAAUAUCACGGACUGCCACCAAUGUCGGCGGUGAGCCAAAUUGAGGAGGAGUCUUCGAAGUCUAGUAUAAAAGGGAAACGUUCAUUUUUGGACACAAAACCAUUAAAACCAACCGUUGUACUUCGUUCUACAAGUCCUGGAACUAUGGCAGUGUCCACCAUCCAUAAAGCCAAACAGCACGCUAAACGCCAAGCCGCUUGGAUUAUUCUUGCCUAUUUGACUUUCUGGAGCCCAUACAAUGUGGUUGCUGUGUUGAACAUGACCAGAACACUUUCCGAACAUCAAGUGUUCGCAGUGACGCUGUCAUUUCUAAACGCAGCGAUUUGCGCCAAUCCUAUAGUGAAUCCUCUUAUUUACGGUAUACUUAAGAAGACUGGGAAACAAUGA